CUGUGCGUGUUGGUGGAGGGUCGUGCCGGGUCUGCGUCCCAGCUCUUUUCGUGUGCUGUGGUGGCCGAGGUCGUGUGCGAGGUCGUCGGGGUAUAUUAAAAGAGAUCUCGGUCGAGUAUCUACGGAGGAUUCAAGAAAAGGUGGAUUGAAUUCGACUCGCUUGAAGGCGUUCGAUAUUGGGCGAUUUUAAUUUCCUGUUAUCGAUAUUUCCCCCUUUUUAAGGUGGUUGGUGGGCAUAGAGGGCGUCAGGAUGAAUAUGCUACUGUUUGUUUUGUGCGCCUCCGUGGCCUCGCUUAUCAUAUAUGUGUACGAGAAAAAGAAAACAAAAAAAGAAGAAUGAUGGAUUUAGAAAUAUAACCAAAUGUCAAUUAGUACCAUGGCUUGAUUUGCAUACAUAUUAUGAUUUAGUAUAGGUAUUAUAUAUUCAAAUGAAACAAAUGUCGAAUCUUUGCUAUGCACGGCUGUCACGCCAGUUGUUGAGUACUUAACUAUUUUCAAAAUUGAUUGGGAUUCUUUGAUCUAUUUGAGAAAAUGAUUUAUUUUCAGGACGAAACUCGAAAUCACGAACAAAAUUUCAUGAGACGUAAAGUUAAACGUUUGGAACCGAACACGAACUCCAAAAAGAAAUCUUGCUCGGGAAUCCACACAGCUCCAGGCGAAGUCAUGCAAACAGACUCAAACAAAGUCAAGAGAAAAUAAGCACAUCGUCCGUGACACAUUCACGACAUGCAUGACAGUCACCUAAACACCCCAAGUUCUUCCUGUUUAGCCGCGCUGCCUCGCUUGACUAGAAGCUUUCCAGUUCUAUAUUCCUUCUAAAACUUAAUAUUCCUUUGCCCUGUUCCUGUACAUGGGUUUUUAGAGCCACCACGCUAGUCCUCUGCUUCACACUCUCACACUUUUUCCCUCUUUCUCAUCUCCGUCGAAGUAGUUAAUUUGCAUCAAAAUCAGGAUUUGAUAUUAAAUCUGAUCUCAUUAUCUCACAAAAUAAGUUGUUUUUGCUAUCGCUAGAGUAUGAGUUUGACCAAAAAAUAAACAGGCUACCAAAACUCCUGUCUAAAUUUAGUUUAAAUUGUAAAAUAUAUUAAAAAUAUAAGUAAAAUAAAACGAUAGUAAGUACGAUACAAAAGGUGCCACACCGCAAACAGAGCACACCAACACCGAAAACUUUGCCAUACCAGUCUUUACAAAAUACAGCAUUUUCUAACUAGAUAUCCAUACCACACGAACACGCACACAUUACACACACUACCUACGAACCACGCAUUACCCGUUCGUAAAGCCAUCGACGCCUCAAUUAAGAAGUAAAAAGAAAAGAAAAAACUCGACCGCAGCAAACUACGUACGAUGGCGUGGAGUGACUUCGUGGACUGGCUGGACGAGAACAAGGUCGUUCUCAUUGCUGUCACCUGCUCAGUGGCGGGCGCCGGGGCGACGCUGCUGGCACUGCGGGCGUGGCUUCAGGGACCCUCGUGCAGGAGCAAGGCGCGCCUGGACGGCAAGACGGUGGUUAUCACGGGCGCCAACACGGGCAUCGGCAAGGAGACGGCCAGGGACUUGGCCAAGCGAGGCGCCCGCGUGGUGAUGCUGUGCCGCGACCUGGACAAGGCGCGGUUGGCGGCCGAGGAGAUCAACAAGGAGACAGGCAGCACGGUGGGCGUGUACCACCUGGACCUCGCCUCGCUCGAGUCCAUCCGCAGCACCGCCGCCGCCCUCAGGGACACGGAGCCGCAGAUUCACAUCCUUAUCAACAAUGCAGGCGUGAUGAUGUGCCCUCGCUGGGAAACGAAGGACGGCUUCGAGAUGCAAAUCGGGACCAACCACCUGGGCCACUUCCUCCUCACGCUGCUCCUGCUGGACCAGAUGAAGGCCGCCGCUCCCUCGAGGAUUGUCAACGUGUCCUCCAUCGCCCACACGCGCACGGGAGUGACGGCCUACUCCCUCCACCCCGGUGUUGUGCAGACGGAGUUAGGUCGCCACAUCCACGAGUCCGUCAACUCCUUCAUCCACUGGGCCUUCCACUUCUUCGGGAAGUUCUUCUUCAAGACAGUGGUCCGCGGCGCCCAGACGACUAUCUACUGCGCGGUGGACGAGUCGCUCGCCACGCAGUCGGGGAAGUAUUACAGUGACUGUGCAGAAAAGACACCACACCCGAACGGUCUGUCGGAUGAGGACGCCAAACGCCUGUGGGACACGAGCGUGCAGUUAGUUGGCCUCGACCAGUAUAGUGUGUAGACCAAGGUUUCUAUUGAUGACUUGUUACUCCUGAUCAUAAACGCUGCUCUUCAUAUCCAAUAUUCAUGUCCUCACUCUACUUGUUCUUCCUUAAAGUAGUGUACCAUUCUUUUGUUUGCAUGCAAAAUGGUUUUACGAUGUAAUGGUGGCAAUAAAUAUCUAUAAUUUUUAACUAAUAAAAUAUAUAAGUUGC